CUGUGCUGUCUGUGGGCGUGACAGCCAAUAGGAGCAGGGAAAGGGGUCCCGGGACUACGGAGAAACGGCGGCCGGGAAGGGGCUACCGGGACAUGGGGCUUCUGACUAUUCUGAAGAAGAUGAAGCAGAAAGAGCGGGAGCUGCGACUGCUCAUGCUUGGCCUGGACAAUGCUGGCAAAACAACCAUCCUCAAGAAGUUCAAUGGGGAAGACAUCGACACCAUCUCCCCGACGCUGGGCUUCAACAUCAAGACCCUGGAGCACCGAGGAUUCAAGCUGAACAUCUGGGAUGUGGGCGGCCAGAAGUCCCUGCGGUCCUACUGGCGGAACUACUUUGAGAGCACCGACGGCCUCAUCUGGGUGGUGGACAGCGCCGACCGCCAGCGCAUGCAGGACUGCCAGCGGGAGCUCCAGAACCUGUUGGUGGAGGAGCGCCUGGCUGGAGCGACCCUCCUCAUCUUUGCCAACAAGCAGGACCUGCCCGGAGCGCUGUCCUCUAAUGCUAUCCGUGAGGCCCUGGAGCUGGACUCCAUCCGCAGCCACCACUGGUGCAUCCAGGGCUGCAGCGCUGUCACUGGGGAGAACCUGCUGCCCGGCAUCGACUGGCUCCUGGAUGACAUCUCUAGCCGCAUCUUCAUGGCCGACUGAGCCGCUCAGAUGCUCCCCAGCUCACGGUCCAGGCGCCCCCAGCAGGCCCUCACCAAGCACCAUCCAUGGGGGGGCGGGAGUCAGCCAGCCCACCUAACACCCCCUGCCCACCCCGUAACCUGCUGCUGCUACUGCUGCUCUGUGGCCAGCUGGCUCCCAUGGCGGGAGGGCUGUCACCCUGGCUCCUGAGCCGGCCUGCUUGCAGCUGCCGUACCAAGAGGAGAGGGCUGGGGCUGGGAGGGCCUGCCUCUGCUGCUACCGAGGCUGUGAGCCUCGCCAUUCGCUCAGCUGUGAGAAUAAAUUGUUCCUCGCUCCCA